AUGCAACUGGAAAAACAGGUUGAGCUACUGAAAAAGCAGCUGGCUGAUCUGCAUGGCAAAUUUGCUUUGACGGAAGCUGAUCGGAAACGGCUGUCAGGCCUUUUGGAGGAAAGGAAUUUACCUCAAAGCAAGCCUAAUGACCAUUUGAAUCAUCCAAAUGCCGAGGAUCCAAAGACAUAUUCAUCCGUUAAUCAGUCGGUUCAAGAAAGUCUGGCAGUUCAUCGCGAAACGGAAAAGAACGAACUCAAGCGAAUGCAGAGAGAAGCUGUGGAUUUCAAGAGAAAGUUGGUUGCACUACAAAAAGACCUUGAUGCUAAGGACGCGCAAAUUGAUAAGUACAGGAAGCAAUUGUCAACAGGUCAAAAACGAUCCAAUGCGGAUGUCCAUGACUCUUCGCCAAAAUUAAACUGGCCCACUUCAGAUGAUCGUGAAAUACACAAAAAGCGUGAGCAUGAAAUAAGACGUCUGCAGAAAUCCAUGGAAACAAUACGAGGCGAACUGCAACAAGUUAAACAAGAUAAGCAUAAACUUCAGCUAGAAUUGAACGAUGCAAACGAGCGUGCAUCACUCGCAACGAAAAAGGCGGUGGUAGAAAAAAACGACCAGAAAAGUAUAGCCGUUCUUAGGCGAAAAGUCGACAAUUUCCUCAGCGAUGCCAGCCGGGAUGCGGCUACUAUUCAGUGCCUCAAAAAUGAGCUCCAAGCGGCACAAGAAGAACUAAGGUACGAGACCGAGGCCCGCGCUAAGUUUGAAGAACUCGCCGCUCAGGCAAUCAAUAGGAACAAUCAUGUCCCCAAGUCAGAGGUGGUGCGGUUGCAGCAACAGCUUCAAGAAUGCAAUCUACAACUUCGCCAAGCUCACGCCGAGGCGGAUGAAACGCGGCGGAACGCUCAGAAAGAGAUUCAGGAGCUUAAAAACUGGUGUGCGCAAUUGAGAGAACGCCAAGAUAAGCAGAUGCAUGACAUGGAGGUUGCCUUACGAAACAGUUCUACAGAUCCGCAGCGGAACCGACCGACCGGGGAAAAAGUACAGGUGCCUGAUCUCCAAAUGAAGACUCUUUCAAGGAAAUAUACGGGGGGGAAGCUUCUGGCAAGUGCACGCUCAAGUCACCAAACGAAUAAUGGGACUCAAGAGCAAGAAAAAAAAGACUAG